AUGGAGGAAUAUGGGGCACCUAUAACCCAUGAUGCUUUCAAAGCAGAAACAACACUAUCAGCUGAGGAAGUCCAUCAAGGCGUUGCUUUUGUUGAUCAACAGGAUGACACAAUGAGUCAAGAGGUUUCCUAUUCCCAUGCCACCAGAAACAUACCUACUGUCCCACAUCAUUUGCAGCAUGCGACAAAAAAUGCCAUUGGGGUGGCCAUGUUAAGUUUUCUGGCUUUUCUUCCUUCUCACUCAGCAGGUUUUCAGUGGUUCAGGUGGAUCCACAGCCAAUGGAUGAUUAUCAGCUACGUAUGGGUCCUUGAAACCAAUACUGGAGUGACCUGGCGCUCAGGGACCAUUCUAGGAGCUACCUAUGCUUAUAUUACAUGGGCUAUUUGCGGGAGAAAUCCCAUUGGCAUAGUGGCAAUGGUUACAUUGUUUGAUAUACCCAUUACGUGGCUUGUCAUGAAAAGCAGGAUUCCAUCCUUGGACUUAGCUUGGAUGAGGGCCUCAAUGAUUGCUUUGGGCAUCAUCGCCGCAUUGAUAAUGAAUAGUCUUGUCUUUCCUCAAUACAGCCAGAAGGUGUUGUUUCUGAAUCAGACCAGCACGACAUUGAGAUUACUCAGCCAGUUAUACCUUCUCCUUGUACAGGGGAUGUUCCGGAGUAUAUACCCAUUUACGCCGCAUGACAAACAAGAGGUGUUCAAGUUAGAACUUCAAAUUCGCAAUAAACCAAUGCAUCACUACCGCGAAGUUGUCCUCAAAAUACAGAAGAUUCUUGACUUGAUGACUGGUCUUAGAAAGAUAUGGGGAAAUAUACCCCAAAAGGAGACUAUCGUGUCAGUCAUGAAAGAACGGAAGGAAUUUAUAUCCUGUAUCUGCAUCUCGCUGUUUGCGUGUCAGCACAUCUUUCAAGCUCGACAACCUCUACCGCAGUUCCUCCCAUCUGCAAGACAAGCACUUGAAACACUCGAAUCAAGAAUAGAAGCCUCUCUGCGAUGGGGUAUUGACUCGGAUGUAUUGGUUAAGGGUAUCUCCCUGGCAUACUCAGUUGCGGAAGGUGAGGUCAUGAAGGAUAUGGUUGAUACCAUAGAGGGUUUAUUGGAGCUGUGCCGCCAGCUGUUUGGUACAUCAGCGUGGUUGACCCAUACUACAAGUGUUUACAAUGCUGAUGAAGGACCUGGAACACCCAGUGAAGGAUGGUUUAGUACAGUGGGACGCAUGUAG